AGACCGAACCAAUUAGCGGCCGAGAUCGAGCCGUUGGCGUUUGAAAUCAGCCAAUGGUAGGCUUGCUCCGGAGCUUCCUCUCCGCCUCCUCCGCUAGCCUGGGAGUGCUCGGAGGGAAGCAGUGUGGUAGUGGCCGGUGUGGAAACGUUGCUUUGGCGAAUACGAGAUGACGGGUUCGAACGAGUUCAAUCUGAACCAGCCACCCGAGGAUGGCAUCUCCUCGGUCAAGUUCAGCCCCAACACCUCCCAAUUCCUCCUGGUCUCCUCCUGGGAUACGUCUGUGCGUCUCUACGAUGUGCCCGCCAACUCCAUGCGACUCAAGUACCAGCACACCGGUGCUGUCCUGGACUGCGCCUUCUACGAUCCCACGCACGCCUGGAGUGGAGGGUUAGAUCAUCAACUGAAAAUGCAUGAUUUGAACACUGAUCAAGAAAAUCUUGUCGGAACACAUGAUGCCCCUAUCAGAUGUGUGGAAUACUGUCCGGAAGUGAACGUCAUGGUUACUGGAAGUUGGGAUCAGACAGUUAAACUGUGGGAUCCCAGAACUCCUUGUAAUGCUGGCACCUUCUCUCAGCCAGAAAAGGUGUACACCUUGUCAGUGUCCGGGGACAGGCUGAUUGUGGGUACAGCAGGCCGCCGAGUGCUGGUGUGGGACUUGAGGAAUAUGGGCUAUGUGCAGCAGCGCAGGGAGUCCAGCCUGAAGUACCAGACGCGCUGCAUCCGCGCCUUCCCAAACAAGCAGGGUUAUGUGUUGAGCUCCAUUGAAGGCCGAGUGGCGGUAGAAUACCUGGACCCAAGCCCCGAGGUUCAGAAGAAGAAGUAUGCCUUCAAGUGUCACAGGCUAAAGGAAAACAACAUUGAGCAGAUUUAUCCAGUCAACGCCAUUUCCUUCCACAAUAUCCACAAUACGUUUGCCACAGGUGGUUCUGAUGGAUUUGUAAAUAUUUGGGAUCCGUUUAACAAAAAGCGACUAUGCCAGUUCCACCGAUACCCCACUAGCAUUGCGUCUCUUGCCUUCAGUAAUGACGGAACUACGCUUGCAAUAGCUUCGUCCUACAUGUAUGAAAUGGAUGACAUGGAGCAUCCUGAAGAUGGUAUCUUCAUUCGCCAAGUGACAGAUGCAGAAACAAAGCCCAAGUCCACGUGAUCAUCUGGUGGAAAGCUUCACUUCCUGCCAACACUUGCUUCCCCCAGGGGCUGCCUGGAGUCCCCGGACUUGGUCUAGUUUGUCUAGUUUUGGGUUUCUCUGUCUCCUGUCAACAGAAAUGUCUCUGUGUACUCUGUAAUUGUUUGGGGUGGGAGGCUCCGGGCCCUUGUACAGUAGUGGGAUGCUCCUGUCCCUAAGUAAUUCCUAUUGCUGUUGUUAAUGCUCCAGCUCUUUGUAGCACUAUCUAAAACUGUUAAUAUUUUUCUGCUGUCAAAUAAAUCAGAUAUUUGGAACUUUUAAAAGUUGGGUGUUUUUAAAGAUUUUGCUAAUUAUUGUCAUUUACUGUAUAACAACUUUUCUUAGACAAAGUACUCUUCAUCAAGGACAUGUUUAAAUGUUCUCUGCUUCAUUUAUUUAUGUCUGCUCUUGUACAUUGGGGAUCCAGCCCUGGGUAAAGAAUCAGCCAUUUUGUGUUUCUUUGGCCGAUCAGUGAGGCCUGUGAACCAUCUCUACAGCUUCCCUCAGGAUGGGCACCGACUGGCAGUGUCGGUGCUGUAGAGCUCACGUGUCCCUGUGCUGAUGGUAACAUCCUCUGCAGAGAACCAAAUGACAGGCCCUUCUGCACUUAGCCGCCACUCUCCAUCCAAGUGACGUAGCAGCCAAUGCUGUAGUAGCAUUGGUCCUGUGGUGGGAUUAUGUGCUUUGUAAAGUCAUAACCACUUGAUUGAGAGUAGAGCAUAAAUUCCAAACACUGUAAUAAAGAUAACCAAAUUAAAGCCA